AACUUGAGACUGAUCCUCACGCCAACGAUUGGAAUAUCUACUUCAAGAUCUCGAUUUCCCCUGCACAUCCAUCGAUCGAUCGACCGACCACAAUCACGGAUGGAAAUUUCGUUAAUCUCUGAUACCCUGACGACAAUCGCCACGAAAUAUGGCCAUGGAUUAGGGCUUUCCAAUUUCGUCACGGAUCGUACCCACUACGAUCAACAGCUUCAAAUCUACGCCAUAAUGGUUCCGAUCGACGCCAUAGCUCCACCGCUUGUUAAACCUAGAACAGCUCCCAAGAAACUCGCUAGAAAACGUUGUCGUGUCAAGAGAAGCUCCAAAACCGAUGGAGAUGAUGCCUAUGUCGAUGAAGAUGGAGGGGGCUUCUUCGACGGUGGCGAUGGUCCGUUUGGUGGCGGCGGCGGUGGUGCUGGAGGUAGUGGUGAUAAUUUCGAUGGGCUUAACUGGGACGAAUCGUUGCCGGCUUCGCCAUCCGAUCCGGCCUUUGAUUUUGUAUAUGAAGUGCUUUGCUGGAUUGUUUUUUCGAAUUGCUUGCACUUUGCCUUCAAGAGGGUGAUCAGGAUUUUGGCUGAUGGAGUUGCUGAUCCUGAGAGAAGGAAGGUUCCAUUGAGGUUUACUCCAAGCUGGUACAGAUUCCUCCAAGAAAAGUAUACUUGUGAGUCUUGACAAUGAUUACACACAACGCUGAGAUAAAACAAAGCCACAUACUUAAAAAUCGAUUUUUACUUGUAUCAAAGGGUAGAGGAUCCUUAAUCUAAUAAGCAACUGCAACUCUAUAUGUCUAGGAUAUUGUAAUAAUAAAUAAUGG